AUGUGGCUACUUGGUUCAACUCCUGAAGUCAUGGAAGAGCGCCUGUCACCUUCUGCGUGUUUCGUCCGGAACCCCGGCAAUAACCACAACACCGCAGCAGCGAGGGUUCACAGUAUUGAAGCAAUAUUGGGAUUUAAAGACGAAAACAUAUAUAAUCAAUCUGUCUCAUACAAUGGAUCAUCAGGGAAACUCGCCGAGCGGAGAGGGAACGGAAUUAUGUCAUCCCUGAAGAAAGAACACAACACGGAAAGUUUUGACAGUGUCUGCUGCAGCAGUUCGGGGGCCUCUGUUAGUCCUGAUUUACCUGACGGGGAGGAUAAACUGUCCGAUGAUGAGAACCCAAAGAAAAAGCACCGGCGCAACAGGACUACGUUCACAACCUUUCAGCUGCAUGAGCUGGAGAGAGCGUUCGAGAAGUCGCACUAUCCUGACGUCUACAGCAGAGAGGAGCUCGCGAUGAAAGUGAAUCUUCCGGAGGUUCGAGUGCAGGUGUGGUUCCAGAACCGUCGGGCCAAGUGGCGUCGCCAGGAGAAGCUGGAGGUGAGUUCCAUUAAGCUCCAGGACACCUCCUCUCUCCUGUCCUUCAGCCGCUCCCCUUCCCAGUCUUUGGGCUCCGGACUGCAGCUGGAGCCAUGGCUCAGCACUGCCAUCACCUCCACCCCACUGCAGUCCCUACCCGGCUUCAUUACCAGCUCCUCUCAGGGCCUCCCAGGAGCCUCCAGCUACUCCCCUCCAGCCUUCCUCAACUCCCCCAGUUUCGGACACCAUAACCUGCCUCACAUUGGUUCUACGCGCCCUCUUCCUCCGCCCCCAUACCAGUGCGCCGUGGCUGGGUACAUGGACAAGUUAGUCAUGGAAGAGACGGAUCCUCGUAAUUCUAGUAUUGCAUCUCUGAGGAUGAAGGCUAAGGAGCAUAUUCAGUCUAUUGGGAAGACAUGGUGA